AGCUGUCACCCAGUGCGGAACAAGUCUUCCAAAUUUCCCAAAUCUCCCUGGGCCGUAGGCCACCCUCUUCCUCCUCAUCUUCCUCCUCUGGGUCGUAUCCCGGUCCACCCCGCGCGCCAGAGAUUGCCCCAGCCAUCAUGGAGGUGGCCGAGGUGGAGAGUCCUUUGAACCCCAGCUGUAAGAUCAUGACCUUCAGACCCUCCAUGGAGGAGUUCCGGGAGUUCAACAAAUACCUCGCAUACAUGGAGUCUAAAGGAGCCCAUCGAGCAGGUCUUGCAAAGGUGAUUCCUCCUCGGGAAUGGAAGCCACGGCAGUGCUAUGAUGACAUUGAUAAUUUGCUUAUUCCAGCACCGAUUCAGCAGAUGGUCACUGGGCAGUCGGGACUCUUCACUCAAUACAACAUCCAGAAAAAAGCCAUGACAGUGAAGGAGUUCAGGCAGCUGGCUAACAGUGGCAAGUACUGUACUCCAAGAUACUUGGAUUAUGAAGAUUUGGAGCGCAAGUAUUGGAAGAACUUAACUUUUGUGGCACCUAUCUACGGCGCAGACAUUAAUGGGAGCAUAUAUGAUGAGGGUGUGGAUGAAUGGAACAUAGCUCGCCUAAAUACAGUCUUGGAUGUGGUUGAGGAAGAGUGCGGUAUUUCUAUAGAGGGUGUAAAUACCCCUUAUCUCUAUUUUGGCAUGUGGAAAACCACAUUCGCAUGGCACACCGAGGAUAUGGACCUCUACAGCAUUAAUUAUCUCCACUUUGGAGAGCCCAAGUCUUGGUAUGCAAUACCCCCGGAACAUGGAAAACGACUUGAAAGACUAGCUCAAGGUUUUUUCCCAAGCAGUUCUCAAGGGUGUGAUGCAUUUCUUCGCCACAAGAUGACACUGAUAUCUCCGUCAGUAUUGAAGAAAUAUGGUAUUCCCUUUGAUAAGAUCACUCAGGAGGCUGGAGAAUUUAUGAUCACUUUUCCAUAUGGCUACCAUGCUGGGUUUAAUCAUGGUUUCAACUGUGCAGAAUCUACAAAUUUUGCUACAGUUCGAUGGAUUGACUAUGGGAAAGUUGCUAAAUUGUGCACCUGCAGGAAAGACAUGGUGAAAAUCUCAAUGGAUAUCUUUGUGAGGAAAUUUCAGCCAGACAGAUAUCAGCUUUGGAAGCAAGGAAAGGAUAUAUACACCAUUGAUCACACAAAGCCUACUCCAGAAUCCACACCUGAAGUAAAAGCAUGGCUGCAGAGGAGGAGGAAAGUAAGAAAAGCAUCUAGGAGUUUCCAGUGCACUGGUUCUCACUCUAAGAGGCUUAAGAAUGAGGGAAAUGAAGAAGUGUCACCUGCAGUUGAUGGGGCAGAGGGCCUUAACCCUGACCCAGACCCAGAAGGUCUCAAGGUCAAUGGAAAACCAGAAAAAGCAAUGAAGAUGGGGAACACAGAACUACCUUCAGAAGAAGAGGCUUCUCCUAGCAGAAAGCAUCUAGAUCAGAAUUCAUCAGAUAAUGUCAAACUCCCAGGAAACAGUUGCUUAAGCACAUCUAUAACAGAGGAAAUAAAAACUAAGGAUGACCAAGCCUAUGGUGUAAUUUUAUCUUCAAAUCCCAGUGAAGUUGAUGAUUCUAUAUCUAGUGGCAAUCUGACAUCCAAGGAAUCAGACUCACCCAAGCUUCCAUGGCCAAAGUCACCUGAGUCGUGUUCUUCAGUGGCAGAGAGUAACAGUGUGUUGACAGAGGGAGAAGAGAGUGAUGUGGAGAGCCACAGGAAUGGCCUCGAACCUGGGGAAGCGCCAGCCGUCUCCAGUGGAGAGAGAAAUGGCCUCGAAGUCCCUGGUAGAAUAGAGGGAGAAACCAAAACUGCUAAAAGUUGGCGCCAUCCACUGAGUAAGCCUCCAGCAAGAUCCCCACUGACUCUGGUGAAGCAGCAGGCAACAAGUGAUGAAGAAUUGCCUGAGGUUCCAUCAGUAGAGGAGGAAGUGGAAGAAACAGAGUCUUGGGCGAAGCCUUUGGUCCACCUCUGGCAGACAAAGUCCCCAAACUUUGUGGCUGAACAGGAGUAUAAUACAGCCAUGGCCAAAAUGGAGCCACACUGUGCCAUCUGUGCUCUCCUCAUGCCCUACUACAAGCCAGAUAGCAGCAAUGAAGAAAAUGAUUCAAGAUGGGAGACAAAAUUAGAUGAAGUGGUUACUCCGGGAGGAAAGACUAAGCCCCUCAUUCCAGAGAUGUGUUUUAUUUAUAGUGAAGAAAAUAUAGAAUAUUCUCCGCCUAAUGCCUUUCUGGAAGAGGAUGGAACAAGUCUUCUGAUUUCCUGUGCAAAGUGCUGUGUACGGGUUCAUGCAAGUUGCUAUGGUAUCCCUUCUCACGAGAUCUGUAAUGGAUGGCUAUGUGCCCGUUGCAAAAGAAAUGCAUGGACAGCAGAGUGUUGUCUUUGCAAUUUGAGAGGGGGUGCUCUUAAAGAAACAAAAAACAACAAGUGGGCCCAUGUCAUGUGUGCUGUUGCGGUCCCAGAAGUUCGAUUCACUAAUGUCCCAGAAAGGACACAGAUAGAUGUAGGCAGAAUCCCUUUACAGAGGUUAAAAUUGAAAGGCAUUUUGCUUCUGGAGUGGAGAAUGUAUUCAAGAGAGGAGGACUGGAGUUUCAGUGAUUUUGGCAUGAACCUGGGGAUGGAGAGAAGUAAACUCACCAGAGGCAGGAAAUGCAUCUUCUGCAGACACCGGGUUAAGAAGGUCUCUGGGGCCUGUAUCCAGUGUUCCUAUGGCCGCUGCCCAGCCUCCUUCCAUGUUACAUGUGCUCAUGCUGCUGGGGUGCUAAUGGAGCCUGAUGAUUGGCCAUACGUGGUGAACAUCACAUGCUUCCGACAUAAGGUCAACCCAAAUGUGUGUUUUUGUCAAGCAUACUUUUUGACUGGCACCUGCUAUCUUUCAAAUAUGAACAAACUGAGGCUGAUAAAGGUUCAAGAUCACAAGAUCACACAGCUAAAGUCCAAGGCUGGUGAGAAGAGUAUCUCUGUGGGGCAGACGGUCAUCACAAAGCAUCGGAACACCCGCUAUUAUAGUUGCAGGGUGAUUGCUGUGACAUCACAGACCUUCUAUGAGGUCGUGUUUGACGAUGGCUCCUUCAGCAGAGACACAUUCCCUGAGGAUAUAGUGAGCCGAGACUGUGUGAAGCUGGGCCCUCCUGCUGAGGGAGAAGUCGUCCAAGUCAAGUGGCCUGAUGGCAAACUCUAUGGGGCAAAAUAUCUGGGAUCAAAUGUUGCCCACAUGUACCAGGUUGAAUUUGAAGAUGGAUCCCAGAUAGCAAUGAAGAGAGAGGAUAUCUAUACUUUAGAUGAAGAAUUACCCAAGAGAGUGAAAGCUCGUUUUUCCACAGCCUCUGAUAUGCGAUUUGAAGACACAUUUUAUGGAGCAGACAUAAUCCAAGGGGAGAAAAAGAGACAAAGGGUGCUGAGUUCCAGGUUUAAGAAUGAAUAUGUGGAUGAUCCUGUGUAUCGCACUUUUUUGAAGAGCUCUUUUCAGAAAAAAUGUCAGAAGAGACAAUAACCUGCAUCCACUGCUGCGAGCAACAGAGCAACGUGGACCAGAAAAAGAAAGAUUAAGGGACAACCUUGGGGCUGUGCGAUGUGUCUCACUGGGGUAGGUGACAGGCUGUGUCUCUGACAGUGGAAAAUUAGGCUUUCCAGAGUUUGGUCACCCAGACCACAGAUUAUAAGUGUUAUUAAUUGGACGAUCUGAAGUCCUCCCCUAGUCUUGCUUUCACUUGUGAGCAGUUAUCUUCGAUGAUCCCAAAGAAUUUUUCUAAGUGAAAGGAAAUAAUAGUGAAUCACCCACCAAAAAAAGCCACUGAGGAAGGAGGUGGAUCCUCACUUGUGGCCUAAUUGUGCCCUUAGUCAGGAAAAACAUGGAGACUUCUCUCCCCAACCCCAGCAAGUGGGAGCCUUGAUACCCAGGUAAGAGGGUAAUAAUUUAUAUAUUUUCCACAGUCAGGGAAGGACUCUCACUUAUUUGUUUUAAAUGGUGGUUUUUAUAAAACAUUUUUAAAAUACAAAUGGCCUGUAUGGUAAUGAGAUUUACCCGUGUGCGAUCUGUAAUUUCCCUUGUACAGAACUUUUACAUUUUUUUUAUAUCCCUAUUACUUUUGAUUGUGUCUGAUGAGAACUGAGUUGUUGGCCUUUGUGAAAUUUUUGGCUCUUGAGAAAGAAUUCUUAUGAAUUGUAUGGGAAUUUUAUAUAUUUAAAGAGGGAGAUCUGGGGCUGUUAUUUUUAAACACUUUUUCCAUAAUAUUCUGAGUAGAUAUUUAUAAAAUAUAUUUCUUUCAUUAUGUGUUUGUAAAAUUAGAGUUUAAAUAAAUAUGCUUUGAUGCAUAGUUUUCAACUAAUAUGAUUUUUCCUUUUUAAAACAGCCUGAAAAUGUACUAGUGUUUAAAAAUAAAGAUUUCCAUUUU